AUGCGCGGGUUCGUUGCGCUCUUGGGUGGUCUUGCCGUCGUCGCGGCCGCAGUGCUCGAGCCGUCGCCGCAGGACGUGCUCCUCGUGCACGACCCGACCUUUGACGAGGCAGCACCCGAGAUCUUGCCUGCCGCUGGCACGGAUGCUCCACCUCUUGGUGUCGUGCGCGACUUGCGUUUGAUGGCCAUCAUGGAAGACGUGCCGCCCGGCUCCAACGAUACGAAUGCCACGACGCAACCGGUUCCGGUCCCGACAACGACUGUGCCGACGCCAACGACCACUGAGCCGACGCCGACAACGACCGUACCGACGCCAACGACAACCGAGCCGACGCCCAACGUGACCACCCCAACACCGCCGACGCCGGUUCCGACGACAGAUGUGCCGACACCGGUGCCCAACGCGUCGACUCCGGCACCACCGACGCCCGUUCCGACGUCUGAUGUACCCACGCCGGUGCCCAACGCGUCGACUCCGGCACCACCGACGCCCGUUCCGACGUCUGAUGUGCCCACGCCGGUGCCCAACGCGUCGACUCCGGCACCACCGACGCCCGUUCCGACGUCUGAUGUGCCCACGCCGGUGCCCAACGCGUCGACUCCGGAGCCACCGACAUCAGUCCCGACGCCAACCCCGACAUCCACGGGUACUCCGAUCCCGACUGAGCUUCCUUUCGAUAUCCCGACAUCUGCCGUUGCCACGGUCGACCCAUCGUUUGGAAACUUCCUCAACCAGACGGAUCCUCCGACCCCAGCGCCAAGUGGCGACUCGUUUCUCGGAGCGACGACUGCACCUGCCAACAGAACGAUUGCCCCCGACGCCGAGCGCACGGUGCCCCCGAACGACCACAGCAACAACAUCAACCGUGGCAAGUCGGACGUCAACGAUGCUCCGCAGACGACGGUCGGCGCCGAGUCGACGGCCCACCAAACCAUUCGCUAUCUUUCGUCGGCUGUCGUCGCCGUGACGGUUGCGACGCUGGCGUUCUUCCAGUUUCUGGCCAUCAACCCGUCGUACAUUGCACCGGACGCAACGAUGGAGCGGGCGUUCGCUCCCAACGCGUGGGAGCUGCCGACGUUUGUCGGGUUCCUCCAGGUCGUUGGUGCGCUCUCGCUUGUACGGAACGCCAACAUCCCGCAGCUCUUUUACGUCAACUUUCUCGACUCGCUCUCGUGGAUCAACUACUUGAUUCGGGCCUCGGCGCCGUCGGGUACCUCCAGCACGGUCUCCUCGAUCCAGCUCAGUCCGGCCGCGGUGGGCCAUCGGCAGCUCGCCACGGUCAAGUCCGACUACGAUGCCUCGGGCUACGUCAGCUUCUCGCUCCGGUCGCACGUCAAUGAGAAAGACUGGUUCUUCCGUCUCUGGAUCGCCGUCCUCGUCGUUGUUGCUAUCGUCUUGGCGGCCGCCGUCAUUGUCGGUGUCAUUGGGCGGCUCAAGUCGGGGCGCCGCAACCCGUUCCACUCGGACUCGUCCAACUCGCACUCGAGCGCCCAAUCGCUGCACUCGAUCUCGCAGCGCCUCCUUGGUAUCUGCGUCUCGCUGCUCGCGCUCGCGUAUCUCCCGCUCGGGAUGAUUGCCAUGUUUGAGAUCCGGCAAGACGCGUCCCUCGGCGACGGCUUCCCGCACACGAACGCCGUGCUCUCGAUGGUGACGCUCGCGCUUCUUGUCGGACUGCUCGUCGGCGGUGCGGUCCUUGUCUACAAGAAGACCGAGGCCGGUCUCUCCAAGUGGCAGGUGCGCGUCAUCUGGGGUGUCCUCUACAGCCACUACGAGUACAGCCGGCGUCUCUUCUUUGUGGUGCCGAUUCUCGUCCAGCUCCUCUCCGGUGUCCUAGUCGCCAACGUGACGGCUUCCGGCGCCGGCCCGCUCAUCGCGCUCAUCGUGCUCCACGCUCUGUACGUUGUGCUGCUCCUUGUGUUGCAACCGUUCAAGGACGCGCUGCAACUCUGGGCGACCAUCGUCCUUGACGUGGUCUUGUGUGCGAUUCUCGGUGUCGCCAUUGGCAUGACAUCGACGCCGUUGUCGGUGGACACGCAGACGACGCUGUCGUACGUCAUCGUCGUUCUUGUGUGCGUCUUUGUGCUUGCGAUGCUGCUCCGGCAACUGGUCAUGCUCUGGACGUUCGCGUCCGGGUGGGCCAAGCCGACCAACGACGACCAGUACACGGGCCUGUACACGGCCAACGAGCACGAGAUGGACACCGACAACGGCAACUAUACGAUUUCGCUCCAAGGCUCGUCGUCGCACCACACGACGCCCGACCGGCGCACGGGCGACGACGACUACGACGUGCCCAACACGAUCCGGCUCAUCGACUCGCGCGCAUAA